GAGCCGCAAAGGUUCCGGAGCAGGAUUGGGUGUGCGGCGUCCACCUUCUCUUUGGCACUCGACCGAAGUGACCCAAGCCCCACAGGGGAGACCGGAGCCAAUCAUUUUUGCUCAAGUAUCUGGGAACGGUUUUUUUUUUAGCGCCCUACAAGACAUCCUGGGACUUUUGGUUUUGCCUCGGGGAGCGGACUCUCCGAACCUGACAGCUGACGGAAGUGAGGCUGCGGGGGAAUGGCAGCCGCGGCGACCAUGGCGGCGGCUGCUCGGGAGCUGGUGUUGCGGGCCGGGGCCUCAGAUAUGGAGGAGGAGGAGGGCCCGCUGGGGGGUGCCUCUGGACUCCAAGAGCCCCUGCAACUUGGGGAGUUGGAUAUCACCUCCGAUGAAUUCAUCCUGGAUGAGGUGGAUGUUCACAUCCAGGCAAAUCUGGAGGAUGAACUGGUGAAGGAGGCUCUUAGAACGGGUGUGGAUCUGCGACACUAUUCGAAGCAGGUGGAGCUGGAGCUGCAGCAGAUUGAGCAGAAAUCGAUCCGGGACUACAUCCAAGAGAGUGAGAACAUAGCGUCUCUGCACAAUCAGAUCAGGUCCCUUCUGAUCACCCUGUCCCCCCUGCUCCUCAGAGCAAUUCUGGAAGCUCCAGUGACAGAGGCCAGAUUCCUGGAGCAGCUGCAGGAGCUGGACGCCAAGGCAGCCGCAGUCAGGGAGCAGGAGGCCAGAGGCACAGCUGCCUGUGCGGAUGUCAGAGGCGUGCUGGACCGGCUCCGGGUCAAGGCAGUGACAAAGAUCCGCGAGUUCAUCCUCCAGAAGAUUUAUUCGUUCAGAAAGCCCAUGACCAACUAUCAGAUCCCCCAGACAGCCCUGCUGAAGUACAGGUCUCCACCCCGGGACAGGCUUCUGGGGUCCUCAGGUCUUGGCUCCGUGGGCCUGGUGUGGUCGGUCUCGGUGAUUUCCCUGACUCUGACCUGGUCACGAUUCUUCUCGAAGCCGUCCCUCCGAAGCAGGAACACCAUCUUCACCCUGGGGACCCGGGGUGCUGUCAUCUCCCCCACCGAACUCGAGGCCCCCAUCCUGGUGCCCCACACUGCCCAGCGUGGAGAGCAGAGGUAUCCGUUCGAGGCUCUCUUCCGCAGCAAGGCCCUGGUUCUGGAAAGGGGUGUCCCUGUCAUAGUUAGCUUCUGGGGUCCCUCAGGUCUUGGCUCCAUGGGAAUGGUGGCAGCCCGAGUCACUCAGCUGAUCCGGGGCUUUGGGAGUUCCUGGAAGGCCUCCGUGGAGUCUCUGAGUCAGGAUGUCAUGCGGAGUUUCACCAACUUCAGAAAUGGAACCAGCAUCAUCCAGGGGGCGCUGACCCAGCUGAUCCAGCUCUACCAUCGCUUCCACCGGGUGCUGGCACAGCCGCAGCUCCGGGCGCUGCCGGCCAGGGCGGAGCUCAUCAACAUUCAUCACCUCAUGGUGGAGCUCAAGAAACACAAGCCCAACUUCUGACUGGGUCCCCGGGGUGGCGGCUCCCAUGGGCUCUGAAUGUCACACACUGACACUGGGACCUGGAGGCUCCCACGGCUGUGCAUGUCACACUCCGUCCCCUGGGUCCCCUUCCCCUUCCUGUUGUCUCUCAGGCUCCCACACUCCUCACCGCCUCCACUGCAGGAUUCUGCCUCAGCAGAGUGUGGGCAAGUCUGCUCCUCCCUGGACGUGGAGGGGACGUUAUCAUUCCUGUCCCUGUCACCUCCUCCCCUGUGUGUUCACACCUGUGAAAGCUCCCACACCUCAGUCUCUGAUCGACUCUCAAUCUUAGGACAGGGCAGUGGAGGCGGCCUUCCCUCUCUUGUAGCUUGGUCGUCUGCGGUCUUCACUUGAACACUAACCCAUCACCUCCUGGCUGGGGGUCCAGGCUGUCUGUCUGUCUGUCUGUAGGCAAUAAUAAGCACUUAAUGUACUGUGA